CUGAAAUUGUUUAGAUACACAGAUAAUACGUAGUAGUUUUUUCUUAAUAAUUCUCACAAGGAAGAAAACAUUGCAUAGUCAAUAAAUUAAAGGGGAGUAGAUUCUAUGAUACUCAAAAGGUACCAUAUUUAAAUCUAAAUUAACAAUGAUAUAAUGAUUUGGACCAAUCAUGUGAAUAGUAAGUACGAUACUUUUUUUUAACUCACGUAAAUUAAAAGGCCGAAAUUUAUCUCUGUUCCCCUGGAUGCAACCAAAUUCAGGACUCGGCGCCUUGGCUUCAAAUAAACCAAAAUGCAACUAGCGACAGAAAUGGCCAUAGCCGCUGUAGAUGAGGCUCUCUCAAUGUUGAACGACGAGCUUAACCAGUACCUCCCUUGCGCGGUCGACGACCUGUUGAUUGAACUGUCAUGGAUGAAGUGUUUCCUGGUAGACGGCCAACAAACGCCGGCGGGGAAGAAGAGGGCCGACAUCUGGUCGCCAAUCAUCGAGCGUCUCGCCCUUUGUGCCGUCAAUCUCCAGCCGGCCGGUGGCGGUGUUCAACUCGCUCUAGAGCCUUUGGCAGUUGAAGGCCUCACCCAGAAACUCUCUACACUCAGAGAAAAACUGCUUCCCUUUCACUCAACUUCCGAUGAAGCUGACUCAUCAUCUAUUCUUUCCAAUCUUCGAGGUCCUCCCUUAUGCUAUUUUUUAAUGCGUUUUUAUUCUCCGUAUUUUAAUUCCGUAACUACGGUUUUGGUAAUUUUUGUUUUUUUUAACAAAAAAAAGGUAUUCAAAAGAGAGAAUUCUCACUUUAGGAGUAAAACAUAUCAACAAUGCAAAAAUAGGAGUCCUGUCCCACCUUUUAGUUUGGCACGCGGAAUUUAAUGGUAAGAGACAAAUAUACCCUUAAUAAAAAGUUGAUUCCUAUAUUAUUAAUAAAAGAGGCAACGCACAAUACACGACAUAUGCUUCGCACAGGGCAGUAGCCAUCUCCGGUAUUGAUAACGCUGCCGGCAUCUCCGGCACCACUGCCAUCUCUGGCACUGCCGCCAUGUCCGUCGUUACUGGCGCCGCCGUCAUCUCCGGCACCAUCGCCGUCAAUAUCUCAGGCUCUACCGGCAUAACCGCCCAUUGCCAAUGUCUCAUCUGGUGUCACCACUACCUAAUCCAACUCCGUUGUCACUCAUCUGCACUUCCAACAUACUCCUAAUCCCACUCCGGUGUCACUCAUCUGCACUUCCAACAUACUCUACAACAUCGGCUGCAACUUUAUAUGGAGUAACCACUCCAAGUUUAGAUCUCUUAUCUGGAAAGAAGAGUAGAAGAAAUUGCCAUGUCAUCUUAGGGCCUGUUUGGAUGGAGUGUUUGGAAGUGUUAGUAAUGGAAGUGUUAGUAAGUGUUAGUAAGGGCUCGGAAGGAAAGGGAAGUGUAAGUGUUAGACAUAAUUUUACCUUGUUUGGGAGAGUCAAAUGAAUGAAGUGUUAAUAAUGGAAGUGUUAAAGAAAGAGUAAAGAAAGAGUAAAGAGAAGGGAUGAAAAAACAAACCAUCAGACCUGUGGGAAAGACAUUCGAAGUGAAAUGUCGAAGCAUUUUAUGUUUUUCGGGCAAAUGAGAAGGGUAAUAAUUGUCCAACACCUCAAAACACUCCAAAUCGGGGUGUUAAAAAAAUGGACAAUUGAGGUGUUGGGGAGGUUAUUAUUAACACUUCCUAACCAUUACUAACACUUCUUAACACCUCUGGUUUUUUCUCCCAAACAAGUGUUAGCAUCAACACUUACGAACACUUCCAUUACUAACACUCCUCAACACUCAAUCCAAACAGGCCGUUACUAUCCUUGUAAAACAUACAAAAAUGGACAAUAUUGUCAUAUCAAGGUAAAAAGUAAUAAUGCCAUCUUAUUAUCCUUAUAAGCAAUAUUUGCCAUUUUUAUAAUUAUAAAAAUACGAAAGAUGGACAAUAUUGUCAUGUCAAGGUAAAAAAUUGCCAUCUUCCUAAAUGUAAUGUCAUAUAAAUAAUAUUAGAUUGAAAUCAAUGUUCAAAUCAUUUGUGAUUACUCAAAAAAUAACACCACAAUUUUGAAACUUUGGGAGUUAAAAUUAAUCAUAAAUAAACUAAUCAAGUUCAAAAUUAAAUAAAAAAAUGAUUGGGAUUAUGAAGUAAAAUAAAAAUCAAAAACGAAUUGCGGAUAUGCCCAAAAUGAGAGGUUUCAUCAUCUUCAUAAAUAAAAAUUAAAGACGAAUUGCGCACAUGAAAAUAAUUUGGUAACAAUUCACAAGAUAAUCUAAUCAAAUCACUCCCUGCCUUAUCCGCUGAUGUAUCUUCAGGAUCUCUUUUUUUGGGAAGAUACACAUAAUUAAAACAGAGAUGGUGAAGGAAGAAAGUGGAAGAAGAAGAAGAAGAAGGAGAUGAAGAAUGUUGAGUUUAAUCCAACACGAUAUAGUAAAUAUAUGUAUAAAUGUGUAUGAACAAGCUCAGUUUUUACGUGGAAACCCGAAAGGGAGAAAACCACGGGACUUUUUAGGCUAAUGUCCAAGCCCUCUCAAUUCUCAUUAGACUCUCCUCACCAUUACAUAGUACAAGUAUUGAAGCUCCCAUUAAUGGAGUUCUAAGCUAUUCUAGUGAGAAGGAGGAAGAAGAAAAGGAUCAAAAAGGGAUCCAUAAUAUGGAGGCUAAGCUCCCUAUUUAUAGACAAAGGGAAAGGGUGCUCUCCACCCUAAUGGGCCAAACGGGCCAAUAUCGGGCCUAAUGGGCCGAAAUGGGCCUAGCUGCUCGGGCUCCGUACUGGAUAAUGUCUUGGGCCCCUGAACAGUAAUAGGCCGGGAUAAUAUAUCCCAACACAAGUCCCCCAGUUUCUUGAGUAGUGAGUGCGCGAAUCUGCUCGAGAAAGUAUAUUCUUGCCUGCGCUCUGCCUCUGUCUAGCUGGAACCUGUGUCUUCGAAUAAUCAUAAUAUAUGAGUGGAUGUCCACACUCCUGAACGUAAUCUACCCGUGAGGCACCCCCCUUCCCGACAGGGUCGGGCGAAGGGUGCUCCUCCACGGGCACACUCCCCCUGAAUGCAUUAGGCGGGAGUAAAGCACUCUGACUCGAGCUUUCCAAUCGGAGAAGCUUAAGGUCCAUGCAUCUAUAAACCGAUGUCGCGGUACUGUCAAAACAUGAUGCACGUGUGUAUGUAUGAAUGUAUGAGGUAUGAUGCAUGAAUGCAUGAAUGCAUGUAAUGUAUGGGUGCAAUGUAUGAGAGAAGGAAUGUGAGAUGUGAUAGAAAGCGGUGGCUCUCAUCGAAAACCCGGGCAUGUCAGCGCCGAGAGGCAGACGUGCUGCAUAAGAUGGUCGUCGCCAUCCUAGAAGGGAUGGGCAAUCCGGAGAUGAACCCGACACAAUGGCACGGCGGGGCCGAUUGUGCUGCAUAAGAGACGUUCAUCGCCACCCUGGAAGGGAUGGGCGAGCCGAACAUGAGCCAGACACGAUGGCGCUGAGAGGCUGAUCGUGCUGCAUAAAGACGUUCGUCACCAUCCUGGAAGGGAAUGGGCGAGCCGAACCGUGAAUCUGGACACGAUGGCGCUGAGGGGCCGAUCGUGAUGCAUAAGACGCUCGUCGCCACCCUAGAAGGGAUGGACGAGCCGAUCGUGAGCGGGAUACGAUGGCGCUGAGGGGCCGAUCGUACUGCAUAAGACGGUCGUCGCCAUCCUGGAGGGAUGGACGAUCCGAACCGCGAAUCAGGACACGAUGGCACUGAGGGGCCGAUCGUGAUGCAUAAGACGUUCGUCGCCAUCCUGGAGGGAAUGGACAAGCUGAACGUGAGCUGGGUACGAUGGCGCUGAGGGGCCGAUCGUACUGCAUAAGACGGUCGUCGCCAUCCUGGAGGGAUGGACGAUCCGAACCGUGAAUCAGGACACGAUGGCGCUGAGGGGCCGAUCGUGAUGCAUAAGACGUUCGUCGCCAUCCUGGAGGGAAUGGACGAGCUAACGUGAGCUGGGUAUGAUGGCGCUGAGGGGCUGAUCAUACUGCAUAAGACGGUCGUCGCCAUCCUGGAGGGAAUGGGCGAUCCGAACCGUGAAUCAGGACACGAUGGCGCUGAGGGGCCGAUCGUGAUGCAUAAGACGUUCGUCGCCACCCUGGAAGGGAUGGACGAGCUGAACGUGAGCUGGGUAUGAUGGCGCUGAGGGGCCGAUCAUACUGCAUAAGACGGUCGUCGCCAUCCUGGAGGGAAUGGGCGAUCCGAACCGUGAAUCCGGACACGAUGGCGCUGAGGGGCCGAUCGUGAUGCAUAAGACGUUCGUCGCCAUCCUGGAGGGAAUGGACGAGCUAACGUGAGCUGGGUAUGAUGGCGCUGAGGGGCCGAUCAUACUGCAUAAGACGGUCGUCGCCAUCCUGGAGGGAAUGGGCGAUCCGAACCGUGAAUCAGGACACGAUGGCGCUGAGGGGCCGAUCGUGAUGCACGAGACGUUCGUCGCCACCCUGGAAGGGAUGGACGAGAUGAACGUGAGCUGGGUAUGAUGGCGCUGAGGGGCCGAUCAUACUGCAUAAGACGGUCGUCGCCAUCCUGGAGGGAAUGGACGAUCCGAACCGCGAAUCAGGACACGAUGGCGCUGAGGGGCCGAUCGUGAUGCAUAAGACGUUCGUCGCCAUCCUGGAGGGAAUGGACGAGCUAACGUGAGCUGGGUAUGAUGGCGCUGAGGGACCGAUCAUACUGCAUAAGACGGUCGUCGCCAUCCUGGAGGGAAUGGGCGAGCCGAACCGUGAAUCUGGACACGAUGGCGCUGAGGGGCCGAUCGUGAUGCAUAAGACGCUCGUCGCCACCCUGGAAGGGAUGGACGAGCCGAUCGUGAGCGGGAUACGAUGGCGCUGAGGGGCCGAUCGUACUGCAUAAGACGGUCGUCGCCAUCCUGGAGGGAUGGACGAUCCGAACCGCGAAUCAGGACACGAUGGCGCUGAGGGGCCGAUCGUGAUGCAUAAGACGUUCGUCGCCAUCCUGGAGGGAAUGGACGAGCUAACGUGAGCUGGGUAUGAUGGCGCUGAGGGGCCGAUCAUACUGCAUAAGACGGUCGUCGCCAUCCUGGAGGGAAUGGGCGAUCCGAACCGUGAAUCAGGACACGAUGGCGCUGAGGGGCCGAUCGUGAUGCACGAGACGUUCGUCGCAACCCUGGAAGGGAUGGACGAGCUGAACGUGAGCUGGGUAUGAUGGCACUGAGGGGCCGAUCAUACUGCAUAAGACGGUCGUCGCCAUCCUGGAGGGAAUGGGCGAUCCGAACCGUGAAUCAGGACACGAUGGCGCUGAGGGGCCGAUCGUGAUGCAUAAGAUGUUCGUCGCCAUCCUGGAGGGAAUGGACGAGCUAACGUGAGCUGGGUAUGAUGGCGCUGAGGGGCCGAUCAUACUGCAUAAGACGGUCGUCGCCAUCCUAGAGGGAAUGGGCGAGCCGAACCGUGAAUCUGGACACGAUGGCGCUGAGGGGCCGAUCGUGAUGCAUAAGACGCUCGUCGCCACCCUGGAAGGGAUGGACGAGCCGAUCGUGAGCGGGAUACGAUGGCGCUGAGGGGCCGAUCGUACUGCAUAAGACGGUCGUCGCCAUCCUGGAGGGAUGGACGAUCCGAACCGCGAAUCAGGACACGAUGGCGCUGAGGGGCCGAUCGUGAUGCAUAAGACGUUCGUCGCCAUCCUGGAAGGGAUGGAUGAGCUGAACGUGAGCUGGGUAUGAUGGCGCUGAGGGGCCGAUCAUACUGCAUAAGACGGUUGUCGCCAUCCUGGAGGGAAUGGGCGAUCCGAACCGUGAAUCAGGACACGAUGGCGCUGAGGGGCCGAUCGUGAUGCAUAAGACGUUCGUCGCCACCCUGGAGGGAAUGGGCGAGCCGAAUCGUGAGUAUGGACACGAUGGCGCUGAGGGGCCGAUCGUGAUGCAUAAGAAUAGUGAUGAUCAUCUCAUGGCCCUCGGCCUAUCGGUGAGUGAUAAUCGUCUCAAGGCCCUCGGCCGUGCUGGUGAUGUGUCAAGUCUCUCUCCUGAUUGGCUGUGAGAAGCCGAUCGUCUGCCAGGACUCCAUCCGGGAAGGAAUGGUGAGCCUGAAAUAAAUCUGGGUGAUGUCCCUCCUAUCUGAUCUGAGGAGCUAGUCUUCGUUCGUCUACCGUAUCCGUGGUCCUAUGUACGGACCGCUAAGCGGUGUACACUCGGUACGCAACAGACUCUGGUGGAGAACUGGUCCUUCGUGUCUGAUCCCUGGAGCUGGUCUUCGUUCGUCUACCGUAUCCGUGGUCCUAUGUAUGGACCGCUAAGCGGUGUACACUCGGCACGCAACAGACUCCGGUGGAGAACUCGGUCUUUGCUCUUCCUAAGUCUCGUGAGUACUGGUCUCCUGGUUUCGCAGGAGACGUUCGUCAUCCCAACUAUGAGAAGAAACAGGUUUAUCCACGCCGGGAUUCCCUAUUCUUCGUUCGUCCCUGUCGUGGUCCUACUAACCUUCUUACUUCGAAGAAGACGUUCGGUCAUCCAACGAUCGCAAGGAGGAACAGGUUUAUCCACGUCGGGAUUCCCUAUUCUUCGUUCGUCCCUGUCGUGGUCCUACUAAUCUUCUUACUUCGAAGAAGACGUUCGGUCAUCCAACGAUCGCAAGGAGGAACCGGUUUAUCCACGUCGGGAUUCCCUGCUUCGUCGUCCCAUGCUUGUGGCCCUACUAGCCCUCUGCUCUGGCAGAAGGUGUUCGUCGAACCACGGGUCAUGGGAGGAACUGGUUUAUCUUGCCGAGGUUCCCUUUGGUACGUCUAGCCCCCCCCCCCCCCCCCCCCACGUUCCUACUAGCCUCCGCGUCGGGAGACGUUCGUCAUACGCGGCGAAGGAAGAUCAGGCAUACCUCGUCAAGACUCCCUCUCUCAUAGGAUCUCGUCUCCCCUUCUCCCCAUCUUUUUUUUUUGAGGGAGGAAAAUACGUUCGUCGGUUUCCAAGAAUGACCACCAGUGAUGUCACACGUAAUGGUGGUGGGAUACCAACAUGAAGCGGAUGACGAGGCGAUGGAAAUGCUGGUCGUCAUGCGAAGGCGAUGGUCACCCUCCUGGAGGGGAGGGGUGAGCCCGAUCGCUAACUCAAGAAGGUCGGCAUCGGGAGCCGAAAAUGAUCAUAGUGUCGCUGAGUAGUCGGUCCUGAAAGGAUCAAGCAAUGGUCCUCGUCCGCGAGGGGCGGGGACAAGGCCGGUCUUCAAAGGAUAAACACGCCGCGCCGAGAGGCUGGUCGUGAUAUAAUGGUGUCGGCAAAGAGAGGCCGACCUGAAAUCAAGCAACGGUCCUCAUCCACGCAUCGCGGGGAUGAGCCCGGUCUUCAAAUAAGAUAAUCGUGCCAUGCCGAGAGGCCGGUCAUGAUAUAAUGAUGUCGGCAAUGAUAGGCCGACCUGAAAUCCAAACAACGGUCCUCAUCCGCGCAGUGCGGGGACGAGCCCGGUCUUCAAAUAAGAUAAUCAUGCCAUGCCGAGAGGCCGGUCAUGAUAUAAUGAUGUCGGCAAUGAGAGGCCGAUCUGAAAUCAAGCAACGGUCCUCAUCCGCGCAGUGCGGGGACGAGGCCGAUCUUCAAAAGAUGAACACGCCGUGCCGAGAGGCCGGUCGUGAUAUAAUGAUGUCGGCCAUGAGGGGCCGAUCUGAAAUCAAGCAACGGUCCUCAUCCGCGCAGUGCGGGGACGAGGCCGGUCUUCAAAAGAUGAACACGCCGUGCCGAGAGGCCGGUCGUGAUAUAAUGAUGUCGGCCAUGAGAAGCCGAUCAAGUGUAUCCGUGCAACGGCUCUCAUCCACGCAGCGCGGGGAUGAUACCGGUCUUCAGGUGAUAAACACGCCGUACCGUGAGGUCGGUCGUGAUGUAAGGAUGGUCCCACGACCCUCGGCCGUAGUGGUCUCCUCUAGGCCACCGGCUCCUGGGGUGGAGAUGCUCGUAUCACGGCUCUCAGCCGUGAUGGUUUCCUCUUGGCCCUCGGCCUCUGGAUGAUGGAUGAUCGUCUCAUGGUUCUUCGCCGUGGCAGUUCCCUCCAGACCCUCGGCCCCUAGGUGUUCUUCCUAGGCCAUCGGUCUCUGGGGUGGAGAUGCUCGUUUCACGGUCCUCAGCCGUGAUGGUCUCCUCUUUAGCUGGCCCUGAACGUCUUCAAGAUUCGGGCCGAGCGUCUUUUAAUCAUUUCGCUCGAGCACGUCGAGUGGCUUCAGCUGCGCAAUAAGCAUGAUAACGGGCCGCACGGCCCGACAAUAAAUAUGCACACAUAACCAUCUGCAUGGCCUUCUCUCUAACACCCACGAUUACCGGCCUAUGGGUCAUCGUGACCCUCGGCCCGGCUCACCGUGCGGGGUUAAUGGACGUAGCAGCUCGCGGCGGGGCCAAUUAGCAGCCCGCCGAACGUCACAUAGAGAUAUUCAUCGGUCUGUGAGUUUUCAACUCAGACCCAAGUUGGUCACACUGCCCUCGGAAAAACGAGGUUGAGUGCUUCGGUGCCCCCGGGCCCCAUAGGCCACGUUCGGCAAUAGUCACUUCGCGAACCAAAAAUUGUCUUUCUUACAUUGGGGUAUGAUCGUCGAUCGGGCACGUAGUGCCAUGCGGACUAAUGCGCAACCCUCAAAUUAAAAUGCGUCGUCGGGGCAUCGCCCUACUGGAGACGCUCGGAUCGCUCAAUCAAGCUGAUCGAGAGUGGGCUAACGGGCCCACAAGAAAUUAAAUAUUCAAUAAAAUGUUGGCUGAACCAACCAUCACUAGAGCUUCGCUCCACAUUAUUUAAUUCGGGACAUUCUAUCCCUAAUAAAUAAUAGUGAUAUAACAGGUAAUAGCAAUGAUACUUUCCUAUCAAAGGCCAUUCAAGUAUAUUCCGUUCGCUAAUUAAAGCCGAUCAGGAGUGGGCCGAUGGGCCCACAACACCCAGUCAUUUAUAAAAAUGACGGUGAAAAUGAUUAUCACUAGAGUUUUUCUCAUUUGAGCUUUACUCGACAUUAUUUAAUUUCGGGAUACUUGCCCCCUAUUAAAUAAUGGUGAUAAAAACUAGCAAUAGUAAUCAAGCUUCAUUAUUAAUACUUAGAUAAUAAAAGAGGGGUACGUAUGAUACUUGGCUCUUUUGAGAUGGGUGAAAUAAUUGGCUCAUCUACGAAUUGGAGCCUUGCUCCUCGAGUAGCUUGGCCAAAGUUAUAGCAGCUGGCACAAGUCAUCAUCAACCGUUGACUUCCGAAGUCAUGCAAGGUGCUCCACCCAAUUUUACUGCAAUCUCAUUUGGGUCCUUCGGACGUGGUUGACUCUCAACCGAACAAAAAGAAUCUUUCCAGGAGGCAGAUGGAAACAACCCCCCCAACCCCAACAGGCAGUACAUCCGCUUAGGGACGGAAGUAAACUGCAGCGGAGCAAAAGGUCCCCGGCAAGGCCAGUCCUCUGGAGCAAGACAGGCUGAAAUUCGUUAAGGCCUCUUGGUGGGACGGCGAAAACGAGCGGCGUAGGUGGCGAUUCAGGUCGUAGAACCAGCUGCCAGCGAUGAGCGCCCGUUUGCAGACGGAGCUCCCCUAGAGGCGAGGAUGACCCGACCUGGGGUGCUGCCGCGAGCUUCGUCUGGUGUGGGUAAAUCCACCGGGGAUUUCACGGCGGCGGGUACGGUGGCUCCGGCAGCCCCAAACAAGAUCUGAGAAAAUCCAUAUGUGGAUUCCGAGAUUUCGCAGCUUCUUUGCCUCCCAAAAUUUUUCUUCUUUCUUUCUCCCUUCCUCCUCGGUCAGUUGGGCCGGUGCUGCUAGAGCUUCCCAAGACCAAAAUUUCAGAACUUCUUCUUCCUUUGCUAAAAUCAGUCCAUUUUCGAAUGAAUUUUGUUGUAGAAACUGAAGAACAACGUGAAUCUUUUUGGACAGAUUCCCACAGACGGCGCCAGUGUUGAGUUUAAUCCAACACGAUAUAGUAAAUAUAUGUAUAAAUGUGUAUGAACAAGCUCAGUUUUUACGUGGAAACCCGAAAGGGAGAAAACCACGGGACUUUUUAGGCUAAUGUCCAAGCCCUCUCAAUUCUCAUUAGACUCUCCUCACCAUUACAUAGUACAAGUAUUGAAGCUCCCAUUAAUGGAGUUCUAAGCUAUUCUAGUGAGAAGGAGGAAGAAGAAAAG